AUGGCUGGCCUCUCUGCAACCACAGAGUUGGAGACACAGUCAAUGUCAUCUCUUGCCCCAGAACUGGGGGACACCAGCGCUUCCCAGCACAACAUCAUGGCCUCAAGGAAAGUCACUGUCCCUUCUGUAACGUCCACUGAUACUACCGAUGAGGCCUCCAGGACUGACGUCAUCUCCUCUAGCAGGACAUCCAUCCCUGGCCCUGCUCCAUCCACGCUGUCACCAGACAUCCCCACGGCAAUCAACAACAGGCUGUCUACCUCCCCGGUCAUGACAGAGUCCACAGCCGCAACCAUGGACACUGAAACAGGUCUCCUUGGGGCCACAUCACAGGGAACAGGUGCCUCAGAUGCAUCAGCCACAGCCUCCUGGGCAGAGAGUCACUCGGCUGGGACUGAGGGUUUUGCACACCCAGAUGUAACCGUAGGCAUGGACACAGGUUCUGAGGAUGGGUCACAGACAAGCCCUUCCUCUGACCUAGACCUCACAUCUCCAUCCUCCCUAGUGCCUUCCCAUGCCAUAACAUCACCUUCUCUAGUUUCCCCCACAUCACAAGCCAGGGGCCUUUCUCCACCUGUUCCCACCACCUCACCUGGCACCCCUGGCAUGCUGGGCACCACCGGCACAUUGAGCACAAGCUUGGGACGUGUGACAAGUUCACCUUCAGAUGUGAGCAGCACCUCAGUUGAGACCCGGGUAAUUUCAGAAGCCUCUACCGCUACAGAGGGACUCCACCUUUCCGGGAACACAGCAGUGACCAACGUGGGGACCAUCACUUCUGCACAGGAAUCCCAGUCCUCUGCCCCAGCGGACUCAGAGACACCGAACGGCCCCACUCCAACCGUCACCUCUUCCCUCAGUGGAGAUGCCACGGUUUCCACACGAAUGGCUGGCCUCUCUGAAACCACGGAGUUGGAGAAACAGUCAAUGUCAUCCCUUGCCCCGGAACUAGGGGACACCAGUGCCUCCCGGCACACCAUCAUGGCCUCAAAGAAAGUCAUUGUCCCUUCUGUAACGUCCACUGAUACUACCGAUGAGACCGCCAGGAGUGACGUCAUCUCCUCUAGCAGGACAUCCAUCCCUGGCCCUGCUCCAUCCACGCUGUCACCAGACAUGCCAACAGCAAUCAACACCAGGCUGUCUACCUCCCCGGUCAUGACAGAGUCCACAGCCGUAACCAUGGCCACCAAAACAGGUCUCCCUGGGGAUACAUCACAGAGCACAGCAAACACAGUCUCAUGGGUUAAUCAUUCUGGAGCACAGACCAGUUCUUCCAUCCCAACUCCAACUGUCUCCCCUGGUAUAUUAGGGGUGGGGACCUCACUGGUCACUAGUUCUGGGGCAGAGACCAGUGCAAAUUUUCUAACUCUUACUGAUUCCUCGCAUGACUCAGAAAUAACAACCUUAUGGGUCACCCAUUCCGCAAAGACCAGCACACCUGUUUCCAGAAUAACUCCAAAUUUCUCCUAUAGUGAAUCUGAUAUCUCACUCUCAACAGCCACCACUCCAGGGGCAGAAAGCAGUUCACCUUCAGCUACAACUAUCUUACCUGGUGUGCCAGGAUCAGUGACCUUACUGGUUACCAGUUCUGAGGCAGAAACCAAUACAACUUUUACAACUCUGACAGAUUCACUGCAUGAACUGGAGACCACAGCCUCAUGGGUCACCCAUUCUGAGAAAGAAGCCAGUUCAGCUGUUUCAACUCUGCUUGUUUCCCCUGGGAAGCCAGAUACACCAGUCUCAUUGGUCACCCAUCCUGCAGAGACCAGCCCAACUAUUCCCAAGGCAACCCCCAGUUUUUCCCAUAGUGAAUCAGAUACCACACAUUCAAUAGCUACCAGUUCUGGGGCACAGACAAUUUCAGCCAUUCCAACUGUGACUGUCUCCCCUGUUGUAUCAGGGGUGGAAAUCUCACUGGUCACAAGUUCUGGGGCGGAGAGCAGUACAACUCUUAAAACUCUCACUGUUUCUCCAGGUCAACUGGAGACCACAGCUUCAUGGGUCACCCAUUCUGGGACAGAAGCCCGUUCAGCUGUUCCAACUCAGACUGAUUCCCCUGGGGAGCUAGAUACACCAGUCUCUUUGGUCACCCAUCCUGCAGAGACCAGCCCAACAGUUCCCCGGACAACCCCCAAUGUUUCCCCCAGUGAAUCACCCUCAAUGACCACCAGCUGUGGGGCAGAAACCAGUUCAGCUAUUCCAACUCAGACUGAUUCCCCACAUAAGCCAGAUAUAGCAGUCUCAUUGGUCACCCCUUCUGCAGAGACCAGCCCAACUGUCCCCACAACACCUCCAGUUUUUUCCAAAAGUGUACCAGACACCAAACACUCAGUAGGCACCAGUCUUGGGGCAGAAGCCAGUUCAGCUGUUCCAACUCCAACUAUCUCCCCUGGUGUACCGGAUAUGGUGACCUCCCAGGUCCCUAGUUCUGAGACAGAUGCCAAUAUGACUAUUCCAAGUCUAACUCUUUCUCCUGGUGAACCAGCAACCACAGCCUUAUUGGUCACCCAGUCCAGUGCAAAGACAAGCACAAAUUUUCCUAGUUCAACUGCUUUUCCUCAUUUACCACCAGAGACCGUAGCCUCACCACCAUCCAUCCGACCUGAGUUGGAGAUUAGUGAAGCUCUUCCAACUCAGACUGUUUUCCUCAGUCCAGAAGAAAUAACAUCCUUCACCACACCUGCAACUGAGACCAGCGGAGUUGAUCUAGGUCCAACUAUCUCAUUUGGCGUUCCUGCAGAAACAGCCUCACUCUCCACCCAUCUUGGCACAGACAUCAGCACAACGAUUUCAAGUUCAACUCUUUCCCCCAUUUUAUUGGCGACCACAGGCUUACUGGCCACCAGCCCUGCAUCAGAUGCCAGGACAGGUAUCCCAACUUUGACUGCUGGUGAUCUUGGACCUGUCAGUACCCCUGCAACCACUGGUGAGCCUUACACCUUAACUUCCUGGGGCACAGAACCCUCACCACCUGUGACCUCAGUUGGACUCCCUGAAUUGUCCAAGACUGUGAUGGGGAACACUGUGACCUUGAUAGCAUCAGAGACCCCAACACCACCUAAAACCAGUCACAGAGAAGGACUGAGUUCAACAACUGUCCUGAAAACCACAACUCUUGAGACCACUAAUUUAGCUGUUACAGGUUCAGGCCCCAUCAUAGUAGAGACCACAACCACCUUCAAUACAUCAGCAGGAAGUCCCUUUGUCCCUGAGACCUCACCUGGGAUGUCCACCUUGACCUCUCUGAGUGUGGCUUCAGAAACAAGUAAGAAUGCUGCAGUUCCUUUCUUGAUGACUUUUACUGUCAACUUCACCAUCACCAACCUGCACUACACAGAGGACAUGGAAAACUCGAGCUCUGAGAUAUUCAAUGCCACUGAGAGAAACCUGCAGCACCUGCUCGGGACUCUGUUCAAAAACAGCAGCAUUGGUUCCCUCUAUGCUGGCUGCAGGCUGACCUUGCUCAGGGCUGAAAAGGAUGGAACAAGCACCAGAAUGGACGUGGUCUGCACCUACCGCCCAGAUCCCACAGGCUUCAGGCUGGACAGAAAGUGGCUAUACUGGGAGCUAAGCCAGCAGACCCAUGGUGUCACUCAGCUGGGCCCUUACACCCUGGACAGGGACAGUCUCUGUGUCAAUGGUUAUAACUAUCAGUACUGGAUCCCCACCACCAGCACUCCGCUGACUUCUACAUUCUCUCCAGGACUCCCUGCAUCUCUGCCUCCCACCCCCAACUCUACAGCUGCAGGUGUGGGUCCUGCCCUGGUGCCAUUCACCCUCAACUUCACCAUCACCAACCUGCUCUGCACCCCAGACAUGAGGCGCCCAGGCUCCAUGAAGUUCAACUCCACUGAGAGGGUCCUGAAGAGCCUGCUUGGUCCCUUAUUUAAGAACACUAGUAUUGGCCCACUGUACUCUGGUUGCAGAUUGACCUUGCUCAGGACUGAGAAGGGUGGAGCAGCAACUGGAGUGGAUGCCAUCUGCACCUACCAUCCUGACCCCAUGGGCCAUAGGCUAAACAGAGUAGAACUGUACCAGGAGCUGAAUCAGCUGACCCACGGUGUCACCUGGCUGGGAACCUACACCCUGGACAGAGACAGUCUCUACGUUAACGGUUAUAACCAUCAGUACUGGACACCUACCACCAGCACUCCAGUGACUUCUACAUUCUCUCCAGGAUCUUCCACAACUCUGUCCCCCAUCCUCAGCUCUACAGCAGUGGUCCCUUUCCUGGUGCCGUUCACCCUCAACUUCACCAUAACCAACCUGCACUACGAACAGGACAUGCAGCAUCCAGGCUCUUGGAAAUUCACCUCCAUGGAGAGGAUCCUGCAGGAUCUGCUCAAACCCCUGUUCAAGAACAGCAGUCUGGGAUUCCUCUAUUCAGGCUGCAGACUAGCCUCGCUCAGGUGGUGAUUCUUACCCAGGCCUGAGAAGGAUGGGGCAGCCACCAGAGUGGAUGCCAUGUGUGUGCAUCGCCCCGACCCUGAAGGCCCUGGACUGGACAGAGAGCAGCUGUACUGGGAGCUGAGCCAGCUGACCCAUGGCAUUGCCCUGCUGGGCCACUACACCCUGGACAGGAACAGUCUCUGUGUCAAUGGUUACACGCAUCAGGUCCUGACCUCCACCCCCAGCACCACUGGUCCUGCCCUGGUGCUGUUUACUCUCAACUUCACCAUCAGUAACCUGCACCACCAGGAGGGUAUGAGUCACCCUGGUUCCUGGAGGUUCAACAGCACCCAGAGAAACCUACAGCGCCUGCUAGGACCCUUGUUCAAGAACACCAGUGUGGGCCCCCUGUACUCAGGCUGCAGACUGACCUUGCUCAGGCCUGAGAAGGAUGGGGCAGCCACUGGAGUGGAUGCCAUCUGCACCCACCGCCCUGACCCUGUGGGCCCUGGGCUGGACAGAGAGCAGCUGUACCAGGAGUUGAGCCAGCUGACCAGUGGCAUCACCAGGCUGGGUCCCUACACCCUGUACCCAGACAGUCUCUACAUCAAUGGUUACACCUAUCCAGCUUCAGCCACCACCCCCAACACCACUGGCCCCACUCUGGUGUCCUUCACCCUGAACUUUACCACCACCAACCUGCACUACACUGAAGACAUGGGGCACCCAUCUUCUUCCAAGUUCAAUUCCACUGAGAGGACCCUCCAGCACUGGCUCAGGCUUUUGUUCCGCAAGACCAGUGUCGGCCCCCUCUACGCUGGCUGCAGACUGGCCUCGCUCAGGCUUGAGAAGGGUGGAGCCGCCACUGGAGUGGACAUCACCUGCACCAUCCACUCUGAUCCUGCAGGCCCCAGGCUGGACAAAGAGCAGCUGUACUGGGAGCUGAGCCGUGAGACCUAUGGCAUCACCCAGCUGGGGUCCUUCACCCUGGACAGGGACAGCCUCUACGUCAAUGGUUAUAACUAUGGAGCCAUAGCCCCGACUACCACUACUCUGGAGGUCAGUGAGGAGCCGUUCACACUGAACUUCACCAUCGACAACCUGCGCUACUCAGCAGAUAUGGGCCACCCCGGCUCCCUCAAGUUCAACAUCACAGACAGCCUCAUGCAGCACCUGGUGAGAGGCCAGCUUCCCCGUCCCCACCUCCAUGACCCCUCCUCUGGGCUGUCACCAGCUGUGACCACUGGCCCUCUCCUUCCUCUCCAGCUCGGCCCAUUGUUUCAGAGGAGCAGCCUAGGAGCCCGAUAUGCAGGCUGCAAGGUCACCUCACUAAGGUCUGUGAAGAAUGGCGCCAAAACAAGGGUGGACAUCCUCUGCACCUACCGGCAGCCCCGCAGCAGCCCAGGUCUGCCUGCCAGGCAGGUGUUCCAUGAGCUGAGCCGGCAGACCCGUGGCAUCACCCGGCUGGGCCCCUAUUCUCUGGACAAGGACAGCCUCUACCUCAAUGGCUAUAAUGAACGUGGUCCAGAUGAGCCUCCUACAACUCCUGAGGCAGCCACCACAUUCCUGCCUCGUUCAUCAUCACCUGUGCAACUAGAAGCCACCACAGCUAUGGGACACAACCUGAAGACCUUCACACUAAACUUCACCAUCUCCAACCUCCAGUAUUCAAUGGACAUGAGCAAUGGCUCAGCUGUGUUCAACUCCACCAAGAGGACCCUGCAGCACCUGCUUGGAUCCUUGUUCCAGAAAAGCAGUCUGGGCCCCUUCUACUCAGGUUGCAGACUAAUCUCCCUCAGACCUGAGAAAGAUGGGGCAGCCACCCAUGUUGAUACCAUCUGCACCUACCGCCAUGAUUCCAUGGGCCAUGGGCUGAACAGAGAGUGGCUUUACUGGGAGCUGAACCAGCUGACCCAUGGUGUCACCCAGAUGGGCCUCUACACCCUGGUCAGUGACAGCCUCUUGGUCAAUGGCUAUGCACCCCAGCGUUUAUCUACCCAGAGGGAGUAUCAGCUAAAUUUCCGCAUCAUCAACUGGAACCUCAGCAACCCCACAUCCUUGGAGUACAUAGCCCUGCGGAGGGACAUCCAGGACAAGGUCACCGAACUCUAUAGAGGCAGCCAGCUACAAGACAUAUUCCACUCUUGCCUGGUCACCAACUUGACGUUGGGCUCCAUGUUUGUCACCAUCCAGGCACUGUUCUCUUCUAAUGUGGACCCCAGCGUGGUGAAGAAAGUCUUUCUGGACAAGACCCUGAAUGUCUCAUCCCACUGGCUAGGCACCACCUAUCAGCUGGCAGACCUUCAUGUGACAGAAGUGGAGCCAUCAGCUCAUCUACCAACAGACAAACCAACAAGCAGUCCCUUCCCCGAGCACUUCCAGCUGAAUUUCACUGUCACCAACCUACUCUAUUCCCAGGACAUAGCCCAGCCAGGCACCACCAAACACCAGCAGAACAAGAGAAGUAUUGAGAAUGCGCUCAACCAGCUCUUCCAGAACAGCAGCAUCAAGAAUUUUUUCUCUGACUGUCAAGUUUUAGCAUUCAGGUCUGUCCCCCACAGCAGCCACACUGGGGUGGACUCCUUGUGUAACUUUUCACCAUUGGCUCGGAGACUGGACAGAGUUGCCAUCUAUUUGGAGUUCCUGAGGCUGACCAAAAAUGGUACCCAGUUGCAGAACUUUACCCUGGACAGAAACAGUGUCCUUGUGGAUGGGUAUUCUCCCAACAGAAAUGAUGUCUUAACUGAGAAUUCUGACUUCCCCUUCUGGGCCAUCAUCCUUAUCUGCUUGGCGGGACUCCUGGUACUCAUCACAUGCCUGAUCUGCUGCUUCCUGGUCACUGUCUGCCGGCGGAAGAAGGAGGGAAACUACGAGGUUCAGCAGCACAGCCUGGGCUCUUACCUGCCACACCUGGACCUGAGGAAGCUGCAGUGA